CUUCUUUAAUGCUACUUAGUUACUUUCAAAGGAUUUACCUUCAAUGGUCCAAUCCAUUUAGAGAUAAAUAUUAAAAAGAUCAGGUUCAACCUUCACAUUUGGUAUCCUAUGCUUUGUAAGAGACCCUCUAUGUGCGAGUCCCGCAUCUCUGUUUCUUUCUGUGAUAGAACCAUACCUAAAAAGUAGAUUUGCAUCUAACAGAUGGAGCCGCCUUGGACGAUGGUGUCGAACAGAAGAAUGUGGAGGAAAUGUCAGGCAGCAGAAUUAAUAACGCUUCACAUUCAGCUCAAGGUCAAUUCACAUAUGCGGUAUCCAUACAAUUGUUGUCGCCGGAAAAUCAAGUACAAGAAACAAGAGGACACAUGUGCGGAGGCGCGCUUUUCACACUGAGCCACGUGGUUACCACAGCCCACUGUAUAUUACGUGAAAUUGACAAUGUCCCACAGCCAAUUCCUGCGCUAAGAGUAUUUGCUGGUUCUGUAGAUCUUACAAACGAUACGUCUCCUGAUCUGGUUCGAGCUGUAUCAACCGUUUCGGUCCAUCCACGAUACACUGGCCCACCGGCCUUUGUUAACGACAUUGCUGUUCUAACCCUUGCAUCGGCGUUUCCAGCGUCUGCUGCAACCCCUUUAAACUUACCUAGUGCUAAUUUCAACCCUCCCGACUUCACUCUCUGUACGAUUACUGGAUGGGGUGGCGCAGCUAUUGGACAAAAUUCCAGUUCAGUACAGCGAUACACAGAGAAGUACAUAUACAAUCAGAAUUUGUGUAUGACAAUAUAUAACAAGAUACCUUUGGCAAAAAAUAUUUUGCCAUCUAUGGUGUGCGCCGUUUCUUUGGAUAUCAUAACUACUAAUUGUGAGGGUGAUCUUGGCAAUGCCUUGGUAUGCGCUGGAACUUUUACUGGCGUACUUUCCCGUUCGGAUGACUGCCAAGCAUCUAGCUUGCCCGAAAUAUAUACCAGAGUAUCCAACCACACGGCCUGGCUCCGACAAAUAUCAGGCUCAUCGGCAGUAUACGCGCCCGGCGUAUUCGUUUUGAUGGCGGUAUUCUCUCUGAUGCAAGUAUUUAUAAAAGCGUGAUCGAUACAAAGUCACGAUUCUCUGUGAUUCAUCUAAUUUAGUUUUAUUUUUAUAGUUUUACAAUUAUAUUGUACAGUACAUUAAACAAUCACAUCUCAUUAAUUAAAAUAAU